AUGAAGGCAUACUGGUACGAUAACUUGCCGGGUGACCAGCGCGAGCCCCAUGACUCUGGUCGUGAGGUCUCUGAGGCUCAACUCGAGUCUCUCGGCGUCUUUUACCGUCACUGCCCGAAAAUCGAAUCUGUCGAUGUUUUGGCUGCGGAACGCGGAUACAAGAACCGUGAUGAGGUCGUUGUCUCGCCGCAGACCAUGGGUGCCGUGUAUGAGGAGAAGGUGAAGACUUUCUUCAGUGAACACCUCCACGAGGACGAAGAGAUCCGCUACAUCCGGGAUGGUGAGGGCUACUUCGAUGUUCGUGGCCAGGAGGACGAAUGGAUCCGUAUCAGACUCAGCAAGGAUGACUUGAUCAUCCUUCCUGCCGGCAUCUAUCAUCGCUUCACAACUGAUGACAAGAACUACGUCAAGGCCAUGCGUCUCUUCCAGGAGGAGCCAAAAUGGACCCCUCUGAACCGUGGCCCUGAGGUCGAUGUCAACCAGCACCGGAAGACAUAUCUUGAGACUCUUGGACCCGCCGUGGCCGCAAACUAA